AUGGAUCCUGACGAGGUUCCGCCGCCGCCAUACUCCGCCGUGGACCCUCUGAUUGCACAGGCGAAUCGCACCCGCAAUGCAGCAUCAUCGAAUGCAAACCCCAGUGCUCUCCAUCUCCGUGGUGGAAAUGCGCCACUGUUGGCGCCGAGUGCGGGGGGACCUUCUGAGGUACUCCCAAUGCACUUUUCGUCUGCUGCCGCUUACUUUGCGGAGCGGCCGGCUCCUGUCAUUGAACCGGCGGAGCAGACUCUAGAGCAUCAUAUCACCAUCUACCCGCGCAGUCAGGCUAAGGAUUUCCCACGCCGCCCACGAUGCUGGAGCCCGCGGUUGGAGAACAUCGCCCAGCAGGAUUGGGAUAUGUUCUUGCGGCACCUGUUUCCGCCGCAUUUGGGUCUUGCGUCCUCGUCUGCUGAGCUCCCGCGUCAAGUGAGGGCGGAGAUCCGGAGAGAUAGGAAGGAUCGACCGCAGGAGACUGAUGAGGAGCGCGAAAGGCGCAUCGCCACAGUCAUGAUGGAGUGGAACCAGUACUUUUUCGAGCCACGCGCGGUCCGAAUCGUUUUCUUCUAUGUGACAGAUCCCCGGACUGCACCGGCGUCGCCGCUCUGUCCUAGGUGCUACCCAGCCGCGACAAGAGCAUCCCAGGAGAAUAGAAGCGCUCAGACUCCAGAAGCUGGGCGGGGUCAACCUUUACAGCCAAACAUGUACCCCGCGGCAACUGGAUACCCACAACAGCCAGGAUAUCCCGGGCAAAUGCCCUCGCCGUAUGGGUAUCCGAAUCCGGCGGCAAAUGCAGCGCCCUACCUUUCGCCGCAGACGGCGUCUGGAUUCUUCCAUCCUGCGAAUCCUCAUGUUUACCAGUACCCGUAUCAGCAGUAUCAGCAGUGGGGCUGGAACAAUCAGCAGUACGCCCAGCAGUAUGAGAGCCCGAAAGGGGGGCCUUUGGGCUGGUUCUCGAAUUUGGCGGCCCAGGCCCAAAAGUACGGUGAACGCAUCACGGAGCAGGCGCAGCAAUAUGGAGACCAGAUUAGUGCACAUGCCUCCCACUACGGCAGACAAGUGGAGGAGCAGGCCAUGGCACAUGGCCGUUGGAUCGAAGAGCAAGCCGGACUUGGUAGCCGCAAGGUCGAAGGCGCCUUCACCGGCUGGAACACGCCUCAACAGCAGGGCUAUUAUCCCUACUACUACGCCCAGCCUGCCACUCCGAAUCCUACUCAGCAGACUGUACAAGCUCAGCCUCAACAACUGCAAAUACAAGCACAAGCACAGCCCGAGACGCAGACGCAGACACAACCACAACCACAACCACAACCACAAACGCAACCCCGAACAGAAUCCCAACCCGACCAGUCCCGCUCCCGCCGCGACUCCAUCUCCUCCGCCUCCUCAGACUCCUCCCUCUCCUCCAUCGACUCCAUCUCCACAACAUCCGAACUCAGCUCCUCGGACCUCGCCACCGUCCGCGCCCAACUCCUCUCCCUAGACGACCACCACGACCGCGACCUCUACGACGCCGCCGUCGAACUCCGCCGCCAACUCGACGCCCUCCGCGAGUCCCGCCGCCAGGCGCGCAUGCACAGCCGGACUACUACUACUACCGGCCGCUGGCGCCACGGCUGGGGCUCCUCGCACUCGCAGUCCCGAAACGACGGGCAAGGCCGCAGCAGCAGCUGGGGCCGCUGGGAGUCGCCGCAGGAUCGGCAGCGGAACCAGGCGGAGCGCCGGGCGGCCAAGGAGGAGUUACGGGCAACGCGCAAGGCGUUUCGGGAGGUGCUGCGGCGUGCGAGGGACGAGCAAAAGGAGCAGCGGAGGAUGAAGCGGAAUCGGCGGCGGCAGGAGAGGCGUGCGAGGUGGGGGCAGACUAAUCAGAGAGAAGAUCAGGCUGCCUCUGUAUCCACAUCUGUCGCUGUGACUGCUCCUGUGGCUGCGCCUGAAUCGACGAGUUUAGAGCAGCGGUUGCAGAACCUCGAACUCGAGAAUAACCGUGAAGCAUCGACACAGCAACGUGCGGCGGCUAGAGCCGGGUCCGAAAGCAGUGCGGUUAGUUCGAUCAACACGCCGAGUAUCAGUUCCGAAGAGGAAAAUGAUGGACCCGGAAAUACCGCCAGAAAAGAAGUGAGCAAGGAACGCAAAUAG